GUUGAAGAUAUUUCUAUGAUGUGAUUUAUCACUAUGUAUAGGCUUGCUAACAAUUCCCCAGCAAUUACAGUAGUGCUUUAUUCCAAAAUAAUAAUAAUAAUAAUAAUUGGGGUACUUUUCUUUAAUGUCUACAUAUGACAUCACUGCAUACUUGAUUUUUAAUAUUGAAAAAUAUUUGUUUAUUAAAAAGCUAAAACAUUUACUUUCUAAAAAGAUCACUAUCCCUGCUAUUUCAGAAACAUGUAUUGUGACAUAAUUGAUCACAAUAUGGAUAUAUAAUCAUCUUGCCCAGCCUUAAUUUGUGUGAUCUGUCUAAUGUGGCUCAAGAGUUGCCGGUUUAAAACUUAAAAACAAAAAGAAGCCAUUUUUAUUAUCCCUAUUAUUUUUAUGAACAUUUUGUAGAUUCUGCAAGGCGUAUGUAAACUUAUCACCUGAAAUGUAGGUGAGUUUGGGGUUUGACAUUAUUGAAUGGUUUUCCUCAUUCCUUGAGCCCACGCCCCCCGUUCCCGCCCAUGUUCAUGAAGCUCCGCCUUUAUGCUCUUAGGUGGCCUGUAGAACAUAGUGUCUAUAAAAAGGCAGUAAAUCCAAAUUAUUUCAUCAUCUAAGAAUCUUAAAGCUCUUAAGACAAUAAACUUGUUUCACCUUUGUAAUUUAUUUCAGUAAAGUUUUCUGUUUUUUUUUUUUUUUUAAUAUGUGUGUGUGUUUGUAUAUAUGUGUAUGGAAUAUACACACGUAUAUGUGUAUAAAUGAUGCUUUGCUUAAAAAAAAAAAAAGAUUAAUAGGAAGAGCAUCCGAACACAAACCCAAACAAGCAAUAACCUUUCACGAAGGCCACGGCUUAAUCCAGGGUUUUUAUCAUGUCCUACAUAUCUUCCAGGUUAUUUGUACAAGCACGGAAUAAAAACAAAUCGCCUAUUGCAGUGGUUUUCAAACUGGGGGCCGCCAGGGGGCGCCCGGGGGGCCUCAACAAUUUGGUGUGAAAAAUAAAUAAAUGUAUGUUUUCUCUUUCUCACUCUCAGACAACCACACACACACACACACACACACAAUCAGUCAAUUCCUAAUGUAAUGUAAAGAUGUAAGAUGUAAUUAUUAAUUUAAAAAAAAGGGGGGAUAUAUUCAGAAGUCUGUAUUUUUAAUGUGUUUUAAAGACAUCUUGCAAAAGGGGGGCCUUGCCCUGGAAAUGUUUGUGAACCCCUGACCUAUUGCACCUUUAAAACGAAAACUACAGCAUAUGAACGCGUCAUAUCCAUCAAUCUCCGUUGCACUAGGUGGCGCUGUUGCUCAUGUUCAGCCGUUGAGUAAGGAAGAGAAAAGCUGUGUAUUUGUGAAUGGAUGCACUUCGGACAUUCGGAUAUUUUGGUGUAGUAUGUAGUGCGGAAGUGUGCGGUGUCUGCAUGCGGUUCCUCAUCUCUAAACUUCUCCAGAACUUCUAGAUUUCAUUUCGAGGGUUUUUCUUUUGGAUGCAACGCCUCUCGAGUUUAUUUCUGAAUGGAGCAGCCACUGAUGCCUCGGGAAUCUGGCCAGUAUGUGGCGGAGCGGAGCCGGGACGUGUUUGUGGACGAGGAAGGUGUUAAGAAGGUGGCAGAGAUGCUCUACAUGCUAAGAGACAGCGAGGCUUUCACGGCCACUGGCUGGAAGAUGAUGAACCCACUUGCUCCCUCUCCGGACACAGAUGAAGCCAUUAACUGGGUGUUUGUGACCGACACUAUGAACUUCUCCUUCUGGCCUGAUAGAGAGGACCAGCAGUGUGAAGUGAACUACAGAGGAACCACAUAUCGUGGCUACAUGUCGCUGUGUGCAGCCAUCACCAGGGCUAUGGACGAGGGUGUGCCUAUCACCGACCCUGCUUACUUCUCCCAGAUGAGCGAGGCUGACCUGGCGCGUAUCCUUCAGUCAGAUAAUGACACACCCAUGCCCAUGCUGAAGGAGCGUCACCAGGCCCUCACCGAGGCUGGCCGUGUGCUCCUGCAGCAUGGCGGAUCUUUCCGGAGCUUCAUAAGCCACGGGCAGAAUGAUGCUGAGAAAAUGGUGCGGUAUAUCGUGGAUAACAUACCCUCCUACAGGGACGAGGCCACCUUUGAGGGCAAGAGGAUUUCCUUCUAUAAGAGGGCUCAGAUCCUGGUGGCGGAUUUCUGGGGGAUCAUGCAGGCCAGAGGUGAGGGGAACAUACCCAACCUGGACUACCUGACCAUGUUUGCUGACUACAGAGUGCCACAGGCCCUCGUCUACCUGGAGGCGCUACGCUACUCAGAUGCUCUCAUGGAGGCACUGAAAAAGGGUGAGUUGCUGAGUUCAGGUGAGCGGAGAGAAGUGGAAAUUCGUGGCUGUUCAAUCUGGUGUGUGGAGAAAAUCAAGAAUCACCUGUGGCAGCUUGUGAGGGAGAGAGAUGGAAAGAGCUGUGACAUUAACUCGGCUCUCAUUGACUUUUACCUGUGGCCUUAUGCAAAACAACACCAUGGAGAGAUGGCUCAUGUUCCCAUACACCACACGCGCUGUAUAUAUUAUUGAAACGUCUACAGACGUUACAUUUUUAAAAAUAAAUAAAUAAAAAUAUCUGAUAAGCA